AGAACUGCGUCACUGCGUCUCGUGUUCCCUCGCAGAUUAUUUUCCACGCGUUUUUCUUGAAUCAAUCUGCCCCGAGUGUCUCCUAAAGUUCGCGAGAAAUGGCGGAGUUCGUGGAGAAGCGGUGCCAGGACAUGAUCCCCGCCCUGGAGGAGAUGAAAGGGAUCAAGCUCUUUGAAGAAAACGAGAUUCGGAACAUCUCCAAAAAGCUCAAAGAAUACGAGUAUAACAUUCAACGACACACAAAGUGCAAGGAGGACUACCUUCGGUACAUACAGUACGAAAUGGAUCUGCUGAAAUUGAUCAAGCAACGGAGGGAUAAAUUUGGUAUCACUCAAAAAAAGUUGGCCAUUGAUUAUGCUAUAACUAAUAAGAUGAAUAGCUUGUACAAGGACGCGAUAUAUAAAUUUCAAGACGAUAUUCGAUUUUGGAUUGCUUAUAUGAAGUUCUGUAAGCAUGUGCAUUUCCACAGCAAUGUCGACCGCAUGUUAGGCAGAAUGUUGCAAGUGCACAGAGAUAAACCAAAAUGCUGGCACAUAGCGGUAUGCUGGGAAUUGGAGGAGAACAAGAAUAAGCACAAUGCACGACAGUAUCUUCUUAGAGGCUUACAGAUUCAUCCUGACUCUCAGUUAUUAUACAUUGACGCUUUCAAACUCGAACUGGACAAUCGCUUAGCUACAGCUCCUAAUGCUGAAAAUACCGAGAACCAGGAAGACAAUUCAGUAUCGACAGACGAUAGCGAAAUACCAUUUCCGAAAACGGCGUUCUUUAUAUAUCAACAGGCUUUCGAGCGCAUUAAGGAUAUUAAAUUUAUAAUCGAGUUGCUCAAUAUCACAAAGGAGUAUGAUAACAUCGAGCAAUUGCAGAAAAGAAUCGUUAGUGACAUGAUUCGGGAGUACGCUCAUGAGCCCUUAAUGUGGGAUACGAUGGCGCGUCGCGAGUUGCAAGGUCUAGUGCAGCCAAACCUCAGUGGCACGCCGAUGGAAGUGGAGAAUGCUGAGAAUAUCACUUUGAGAGAUCGCAUCACGGACUGCAACAAAGUCUACCAGACUGCCGUGAAGAAAAUCAAAACUGAAGAGAUCUGGUCGUUGUACAUAGAGUGCUUAUUAGAGAUAAAUCGUGAUCUGCGGUCGUUGCCGAAUUUCAAAAGGAAGCUCCUGAAAACUGCCCUGAUGCAGGCGCAUCAGGCGAAAAAAUUAACAAAAGAGGAACAUUAUUUGCAUUGGAUUAAUAUGUUGAGUGUCGACAAGAAGGAUGACGUGCGGGAAAAGCUGGACGAAGUUCUGCGCGGAGCGACCGAUGCGGUACCGAACAGCGUCGCUAUUUGGCACGCUCGGCUCAAUCAUUUGCUGCAAUGUGGCCUGGAGAAGGAAGCGUACGCUAUGUUUCCAAAGGUGACAAAGAUAUUGAGCGAGAAAGCGUUACCUUUGUGGAAGAUGCGGAUCUUGCAUGCUCAAAUAAAAAGCUCUGAAGAAGCCGAGGAGAGUUUUCAAGCGGCUCUGCGGUCACAUCCGCUGAUCGCCAAAGAUAUCAAGCCUAUGUGGCUUGAAUGGCUCGUUCUAACGAAAGGCAUCCGUGCGGCUCGCAAGGCGUACAACAGUCUCUGCCUUCAACUACCCGCGUCGUUGGAAUUCCACGAAAAGAUGAUCGCGCUGGAGCUCAUUCAGCCGGACACUCUGCCGGAACACGUGCGACGACCUUAUGAAAUAGCGACACAGCAGUUCGGAACUGACAACACGUCCAUCUGGAUAGACUACAUGAACUACGAGAUGAAGCACGGAGACGCGAAGAGAGUCAGCAACAUCCACGAGCGGGCAUUCAAGACGUUAAAUCGCAAAUUGACGUCUUCCUUCAUAAAAGAUUACAGUCAGAUGAUGACAAAUCCUGAUUCCAUAAAAUGAUGCCGAUCGUAAGCGUGCACUGUACAUAUAUCAAGCACAAUAUGUAUCGCGUGCUCGUAUCAUCACACGCAAAUCUGCCACGUUAUUUGUAAAUUAAUUAAUUUUGUAAAUUAAUUAAUUUAGAGAUUAAUAUAUCGAAUUUCGAUAAAUGUUUAGAAUAUGUGUCUGAUAUCUACCGACGAGAAGUGAAAUAUGCUCGUUCGACAUUUUAUGUUUUUAUACCAUGAAACUUUCGAAGGCAGCGCUAUUAUUUUUGACGUAUAAAUUAGUCGCAUUUGAGCAAGUUUUGUCUAGAAAAUGUUAAAUUAAUCGUUAGAUCGCGUAUACGAAAGUUACAAUAAAAUAUUGAACUGUUUUAUCGAAAUAACAGAUUCUCUAACAUUGAAAAUAUUAAUUUUAAUGAUUCGUUCUUACUAGAAUGUCGAAUUAUUUUGACUUUUUACGUCGUUACGUCAAAAAACGUUGAACAAGUGCAUUUCUUCGAGAUCUAAAAUUAUAUAUGUAUUUUAAAAAUUUAUCUAAAUUCACAAAGUAACGUAACGUAAUACUAAAUACAGCAAAUAAUGCGAAAAUAUAAUGAGGAUCUAAAACGAGA